AUGGCCAGAGCUUUGUGUCCACUUCAUGCCCUCUGGCUUCUGGAGUGGGUGCAGCUGCUCUUGGGACCCGGUGCUGCACCUCCAACCUGGGCCUUGAACCUGGACCCAGUGAGAUUCACCUUCUACACAGGCCCCAAUGGCAGCUACUUUGGGUUUUCAUUGGACUUCUACAAGGACAGCCGUGGGAGCGUGUCCAUCGUGGUGGGCGCCCCACGGACCCUGGGCCGCAGCCAGGAGGAGACAGGCGGCGUUUUCCUGUGCCCCUGGAAGGUCGAGGGCGACCAGUGUACCUCGCUGCCCUUCGACCUCGAUGAUGAGACGCGAAGCGCAGGCACCCAAACUUUCCAAACCUUCAAGGCCCGUCAAGGACUAGGGGCGUCGGUCGUUAGUUGGAGCGACAUCGUUGUGGCCUGCGCCCCAUGGCAGCACUGGAACGUCCUGGAAAAGGCCGAGGAGGCUGAGAAGACGCCCGUAGGUGGCUGCUUCGUGGCUCAGCUGCAGAACGGCGGCCGCGCGGAGUACUCACCCUGCCGGGCCAACAUCAUGAGCCGGGUUUACCAGAAAAAUUACUUCAGCGGAGACAAGCGCUACUGUGAAGCCGGCUUUAGCUCCGUGGUCACUCAGGCUGGGGAGCUGGUGCUUGGGGCCCCUGGUGGCUACUAUUUCCUAGGUCUCCUGGCGCGGGCUCCAAUUGCCGAUAUCAUCUCGAGUUACCGCCCGGCCACCCUCUUGUGGCACGUGCCCACCCAGCAGCUCACCUUCGACUACAGCCACCCAGAGUACUUCGACGGCUACCGGGGGUACUCGGUGGCUGUAGGCGACUUCGACGGGAAUCCAAACACUACAGAGUUUGUCUGCGGUGCCCCUACCUGGAGCUGGACCCUGGGAUCGGUGGAAAUUUUGGGCUCGUACCACCAGACGCUGCACCGGCUGCACGGAGAGCAGAUGGCUUCGUAUUUCGGGCACUCAGUGGCCGUCACUGACGUCAACAGGGACGGGAGGCAUGACCUCUUGGUGGGCGCGCCACUGUACAUGGAGAGCCGUGCUGGCCGCAAGCUGGCCGAGGUGGGGCGCGUGUACUUGUUCCUGCAGACUCGAGGCCCUCACGCGCUGGGCGCCCCCAGCCUCCUGCUGACCGGCACGCAGCUCUAUGGGCGAUUUGGCUCAGCCAUCGCGCCUCUGGGCGACCUCAAUCGGGAUGGCUACAACGAUGUUGCCGUGGCCGCCCCCUAUGGGGGUCCCAGAGGUCAAGGCCAAGUGCUGGUGUUCCUGGGUCAGAGUGAGGGACUUAACUCACACCCUUCCCAGGUCCUGGACAGCCCCUUCCCCACAGGCUCUGGCUUUGGCUUCUCCCUUCGAGGUGCCACAGACAUCGAUGACAAUGGAUACCCAGACCUGCUGGUGGGAGCUUAUGGGGCCAACAAGGUUGUUGUGUACAGGGCUCAGCCGGUGGUGAUGGCCACUGUCCAGCUGCUGGUGCAAGAUUCGCUGAAUCCUGCUGUGAAGAAUUGUGUCCUGCCCCUGACCGGGACACCAGUGAGCUGCUUUGACAUCCAGAUGUGUGUGGGAGCCACUGGACACAACGUUCCCAAGAAGCUGCGCCUAAAUGCUGAGUUGCAGCUGGACCGGCAGAAGCCCCGCCAGGGCCGGAGGGUGCUACUGCUGGCCUCUCAACAGGCGGGCACCAUCCUGGGCCUGGAUCUGAGCGGGAGGCACGGCCCCACCUGCCACACCACCAAGGCCUUCCUCCGAGAUGAGGCCGACUUCCGGGACAAGCUGAGCCCCAUCGUGCUCAGCCUCAAUGUGUCCCUGCAGCCUGAGAAGGAUGGACUAGCCCCAGCUCUCAUGUUGCAUGGAGACACCCACAUCCAGGAACAGACCCGCAUCGUUCUGGACUGUGGGGAAGACGACCUGUGUGUGCCGCAGCUCCAGCUCACUGCCAGCGUGACAGGCUCCCCGCUCCUCAUUGGAGCCGAUAACGUGCUGGAGCUGCAGAUGGAAGCGGCCAACGAGGGUGAGGGAGCCUACGAGGCUGAGCUGGCUGUGCACCUGCCUCCAGGCGCACACUACAUGCGGGCCCUCAGCAACAUCGAGGGCUUUGAGAGGAUCAUCUGUAACCAGAAGAGGGAGAAUGAGACCAAGGUGGUGCUGUGUGAGCUGGGCAACCCCAUGAAGAGGAACGCCUGGAUAGGAAUCACGAUGUUGGUGAGUGUGGGGAACCUGGAAGAGUCUGGGGAGCACGUGUCCUUCCGGCUGCAGAUCAGGAGCAAGAACAGCCAGAAUCCAAACAGUGAGAUGGUGAUGCUGGAUGUGCCAGUUCGGGCAGAGGCCCAUGUGGAGCUGAGAGGGAACUCCUUUCCAGCCUCCCUGGUGGUGGCAGCAGAAGAAGGCAAGAGGGAGAACAGCUCGGACAGCUGGGGCCCCAAAGUGGAGCACACCUAUGAGCUCCACAACAAUGGCCCUGGUGCUGUAAAUGGCCUCCGCCUCAACCUCCGCCUCCCUGGCCAGUCCCAGCCCUCCGACCUUCUCUACAUCCUGGAUAUACAGCCCCGGGGAGGCCUUCAGUGCUCCCCACACCCGUCUCCCAACCCCCUCAAGCUGGACUGGGGGCUGCCCACCUCCAGCCCUUCCCCGGCCCAUCACCAGCGGGACCGCAGACAGGCACUCCUGCCAGAGCAGGAGCAGCCCUCGAGGCUUCAAGGUCCAGUUUUUGUGAGCUGCGAUUCGGCGCCCUGUACUGUGGUGCAGUGUGAGCUGCAGGAGAUGGCGCGCGGGCAGCGGGUCAUGGUCACGGUGCUGGCCUUCCUGUCGCUGCCCAUUCUCCGCCAGAGGCCCCUGGAUCAGUUUGUGCUGCAGUCGCACGCUUGGUUCAACGUCUCCUCCCUUCCCUACGCCGUGCCCGCCCUCAGCCUGCCCAGCGGGGAAGCUCUGGUGCAGACACAGCUGCUUCGGGUCUUGGAGGAGAGAGACAUUCCAAUCUGGUGGGUGCUGGUAGGCGUGCUGGGUGGCCUGCUGUUGCUCACGUUCCUGGUCCUGGCCAUGUGGAAGGUUGGCUUCUUCAAGCGGAAUCGGCCACCCUUAACAGAAGAUGAUGAAGAGGAGUGAUGAGCCCGUGCAUCUCUGUCCUAGCAGGAAGGCUGGGGGUGACGCCUGCUCUGUUGCUUCUUCUCCAGCAAGUGCCCCCCAGCUCUGGUCACCCAUGGGUUGGAGCUGUUCCAUGGAGGGCUCCUGAUGUUCUUCCCCACCCAACAGAGCCAGGUCACCCCCUUUCCUCCUGCCUAAUAAAGAGGUUG